AUGGGCGGCAUAGAACUCAUCAUAUCUUCAAUAUGUAACGCUACAGUCUGCGAAGUCCCUUACAAUGAUACUUAUAAAGGACCUGGCGAAAUACCUGAGAACCAGUCCAGGUAUAAAGAUAUGAUGAAGGAAAUCAAUGGCAAAACCAUCAAAGUUGCUACAUAUAACAACACGCCUUUAAGCGGCACUCAAAAUAAAAAUGGUACAAUUGUGGGCGUUGGAGUGGUUUUCGUUAUUAUGAAUAUUUUAAGUAAAAAGUUUAAUUUCACUUAUGAAGUCGUUGAGCCUAGAAGGAAUUACGAGUUUGGAGGUAGAAAUCCAGAAGAUUCCUUGAUUGGAUUGGUAAAUUCAAGCAAAGUAGAUAUGGUUGCUGCGCUUCUGCCAUCAAUGAUAGCCUACAGAGAAAGAGCCGCUUUAUCUAUCGACCUCGACCAAGGCGUCUGGGUCAUGAUGAUGAAGCGACCUAAAGAAUCUGCCGCUGGGUCUGGACUAUUAGCGCCUUUCAACGAUCUUGUUUGGUAUCUAGUACUGGCUGCGGUUAUAACAUUCGCUCCCUGCAUCACGUUCUUUACACGGCUGAGAAAUAAGAUUAUUGAGGAAGACGAAGGAGUUCUGCCUCUAAGCCCUAGUUUUUGGUUUGUGUACAGUGCUUUUCUUAAGCAAGGCACGAGUUUAGCUCCUGAAGCCAAUACAACCCGAGUUCUCUUCGUGACUUGGUGGCUUUUCAUGAUUCUCCUGUCAGCAUUUUACACUGCAAAUUUAACUGCUUUUCUUACUCUCUCGAAGUUUACACUCGCUAUCGAAAACCCUGAAGAUUUACUCCUCAAAAACUAUCGAUGGAUUUCCGCAGCCGGUAGUUCAGUGGAACAUUUUGUUCAAAUUGAGGGCGAAGAACUAUCCUAUCUCAGUGUGAUGGUCAACAGCGGUCGGGCACGGUUUGUCUCAGUGAGAAAUAACAAAGAGUUGCUGGAAUCGGUAAAAAAGGAUACAGUUUUGGUAAAGGAACAAACAGUUAUAGAUCAUCUUAUGUACAAUGACUACAUAUCGAAGAAGGAUGUUGAAGAAAGCGAAAAGUGUACUUACGUGGUCGCCCCCAACUCAUUCACAAGGAGACAGAGAUCGUUCGCAUAUCCCAUCGGCAGUCCUCUGAAGACGUUGUUUGAUCCUGUAUUAACGAAGAUAUUUGAAUCUGGUAUAAUGAAAUUCCUCAAAGACGUAGACUUGCCAAGUACAAAAAUCUGCCCUCUGGACUUGCAGUCUAAAGAUCGCAAACUUAGAAACAGUGACCUUAUAAUGACUUACAUGGUGAUGGGUGUUGGAUCUGGAGUCGCCUUAGCUGUGUUCGCCGCCGAGAUGCUAUUCAAGCGUUACAUAUCUGUAAAGAUACGCAAGGGUAAGAAGGGAAAGAAGACGUCGAAAUCCUCAAAGACAGCGUGGACACACGAUGACACAAGACCUCCACCUUAUGAUUCGCUUUUCGGGAAGAAAUCGAAAAUCAACUUUGAAAAUACACGACCCCAAAUAAUCAACGGCAGAGAGUACUAUGUGAUUGAGUCCGGCAACGGCGACAAAAAACUUAUACCUGUUCGAGCGCCUUCAUCAUUCCUGUAUCGAUCUGUCAAAUAG